AACGCACGGUGGGUUUUAAUCAAUGACAAUGUUGAAUUAGGGGGAAGUUACAAUCUUGCAGAUGUCACGUUGUGAUGCAAAGCCCACCUGCAUCGGGGAGCGCCUGGCAAGCCGUCGGCUUCAGUGCAGCCCCUUCAGUGCUACAAACACUUGAGUCCGGAGAUCACGUAACUCAUCCAAUGUUUCUAGGGUGAAAUUUGAAAAGUGUGUCGUUGUCGAUUCUAUAUGAUCACUAGCAUAUGUUCUUGAAAAUAAAGAUUGGGUGGAAAAACAUUGCAAUUCCAAAACCUGUCUUUCUAAGGCUGGAAAAAGUAAUUUCAUAGACAGGUAGCUGGUUGCAAUGGCCGCGGUGGACAGUUUCUCCCUGUUGCUGCGGGAGAUCGGACGGUCAUACAACUAUGGCAUAGAGAUGCUGGCGGUGAUUGGAGCUUUCUAUGCGACCAAGGUGUGCGUCACCAUCUUGAAUGACACAUAUGUGCUGAUCAGAGUGCAUUUCGUUCCCCGGAUAUUUGGCAGGCCUGACUUAAGCAAGCAGUAUGGAAAAUGGGCUGUUGUCACAGGAGGAACUUCAAGCCUUGGGAUUUCCUAUGCUAAAGAGUUGGCCAGUCGUGGAGUUGACCUCAUUUUGAUUAGCCGGAAUCGGGAGAAAUUAGAAGCCGUCGCUAAAGAGAUCGUGGAGACCUACAACAUCAGAACCGCAAUUGUUGUGACGGAUUUUAGCAGAGGCCGCGAGGCCUAUCCAGCCCUCAAGAAGGCUCUUGAGGGCAAAGAGAUUGGGGUCUUAGUGAACAACGUUGGGGUGCUGUACCCUCUGCCCGAUUCCUUCACCAGUCUGACGGAAGCUCAGGUUUGGGAGUUCAUCAAUGUAAAUAUUGGAGCCGCAAACAUGAUGGUGCACCUGGUGUUGCCGGGCAUGGUGCAGAGGAAGAAGGGGGCCAUUGUCAACGUUUCUUCUAUCAGUUGCUGCAAGCCCUGUCCCCGAUAUACAGCAUACUCGGCCUCCAAGACUUACCUGGAUCAUUUCAGCAGAUCACUUCACUAUGAAUAUGCGUCUCACGGCAUUUUCAUCCAGAGCUUAAUUCCGUUCUUCAUUUGCACCAACGUGACAACAUGUAGGAACACACUCUCCAAAACGGGCUUUUUUGUGCCUUCUUCUGAUGAGUACGUACGUCAUGCGGUCACCACCCUUGGGGUCUCCCGAAGGACGACAGGAUACUGGCCGCAUACACUCUUGAUGAUAUUAGCACGGUUUGUCCCUGAAUGGAUCUGGGCUUGGGUGGUAUCCAGAAUAAAAUAUGGGCAGAAGUCACUUUGAAAAAAUGUCUGUGAAGGAUCUUGGCUUGAGCUUCUGGAUCCAAGAUCUCAAGUUUUAGGUUGACCAUGGCUACAAAGCCCCGACUUCUUUGCAUGAAUCCCUUCCUCACUCACUUUAUUUGUUUGAAAUCAUGUACUUGAGACUUGAAGAAAGUUUGGCUUGGACGUAGCUGAAAGGAACAUGGUUGAGACAAACUUUUAGCAAGCUGGCUUAGUAUUGUCUACCCUGAGGCAUCAUUGAUGCAUGGUUCUUCAUAGCUUCCCACUGAAAGAUACAGGGAAUCCUGUGGAUGGUGAAGAAAUUGAGUUGUUGAAGAACUUGGAUUCCACAGGAUCAAAAGGAAAGAAAUAGCUACCAAAUAUGGCAUUAUAUAUCAGCUUUGGAUUCUGCCUGAUGAGAGUGUUCCUGUGAUGCAACAUUACCAUCCCCCCAGGAUACAGCUGUUCAACAGAGGUGUCCUCCAUCAAAUCAGUACAAUCUUGUGCUGUAUCAGGAAGCUGUUUGCUGUUGUAUGUAUGAUGUCUACAACCAUGCUUUGGAGUGGGCAACGCUGUCAUGGUUUUUAGGGGCUCGACUGAGGUGGCUGUCGCAUGGGGGCAUUCUAGUUAGAGACAGGGUGGCACGGAAUCCUUGACUUUUCAGCCUUGGGACAAGGCUGAGGACAGAAACCCCAAAGAAGGUGGAAUUGGCAUACAGGUUCUUUGGCAACCUUCCCUGAUCUGUUUUGCUCCAGAUGUGUUGGAUUACAUCUCCCCUUAUCCCCUGCGGGUCUAGUAGUCCUGCUGGCUGGGAGGGAGGAGAGUGCUCAUCCCAUGCAUUUAAAGAGUAUCAGGCUGAUCAGUUGUAGGAGGCUCCUGAACAAUUUCUCUUAAGCAUCAAUUAGGCUUGGUUUCUGUGACAGCUGUCAUGGAAGUGCGGGUCUUCGCCCCAGGCAGGGCGGCUGAUGAACUGUUUGCCUGUCAUGUCUUUUGAGUUCAGUGUGUCCUCUGAAAUCAAGGCCCAGGUAUUUUCAGACCCCAAGUUAAGGCAGGCCACCGAGGCUGUGCAUGCCCCCAACUCCUCUUUUUGCCGCCUUAGAGGCCAUUGAACCAGGACUGCUGAACAACAAGCAACUCCAUUCCCCAACAUUUUUCGGACUGGACAUACAGUGAUGCAAACUGUAGUGUAAAAGUAAGGUAGCUAAUAAGUGCUAUAAAAUACCUGUGGUCACAGAAGGACAGCGCCAGCAGCUUUAGACUAGGUUCGUAUACCAUGUUUAGCCUUGGCUUGUGAACCAUGGUUUGGUGAGCAAACCCACUUGCUUGGGAUCACACAGCAUAAAAGGCCAUAAACUGUGGUGGUCGAACUCUUUACUGAAUAUUCUAAAACAAAGGCAAACUUGUCACAUUAUGGGUUGGUUAAUGAUUAUACCUAACACCAGCUCCCAAGAUUUUGAGUGGUCUAGCCUCAUGAAUACAUUCAGACUCACCUCUUUUUCUUCAAACAGGCAGAUUUGCUGGCUGGAAAGCGAAUUAAAAAGAUAAGCUGGGUGGUACUUAGUUGCCAAAACAAGUGGAGGAAACCUCCUGUUUUCAUUCUCAGCUGUGAUUUCUGUUUUUUUGAGCAAGCCGUGCUUUCUGCCAUAGAGUAUACCUAGAGUUACAAUCAUGACAGCAAACUGAAUUGGAUCAUCUUUUUUCUUUUAGAGUCUUAGCCGCAACAAAAGUUAUACCUGUCAAGCAGUUUGAACUGAUGUGUGUUUGUCCUAUUAAAGGCUUAC